AUGUCGAUUCGUUCACAUUUACCACGGCUACCAUUGGAACAGUUCGACGGUGAUUAUAAUAAGUGGCAACGAUUUUUCAACUGCUUUAAAUCUCGAAUACAUAACGAACCAUCGUUAACACACAUAGACAAGUUGCAUUUCCUACGGUCAUGUCUGUCAGGACCACCACUYGAUUUGAUAAAUUCGUUAGAGGUAAAUGAAUCAUAUUAUGAUAAUGCUAUGAGYGUUUUAAAGCAGAGCUUUUUACUUAAGUUCUCAACACACUUAGAAGCACUACGUGCCCUAUCACGCCCUGUCAAGUACUGGGACGAUCUAUUGGUAGGUAUUGUAAGAGCCAAACUAGACACUAAAACAYUAGAGCAAUGGGAACUGUCAAUUACAGUAAACACUGAAGUCAGCAUUAAACACUUGACAGAAUUUCUAGAGAGUAGAGCUGGGUCRAUGGAAUCGUUUGAAAACCAAACAUCAACCUACACAGGUACCAAACCACUCAAACAAAAAAAAGGCUAUAAUUCCACAUCUCUUAUAGCCACUCAAGCCAGUCAAGAAAAGUAUCCAGCCUGUGCAGAACCACACAAGGUCUACCGAUUAACUGAACUGCAAGUAGUGAAGUGGCGCUGGAUACAGUUUGUGCAGAACCAGGAAUUUGCUGCCGAGAUCAAAGUUCUAUCUAGUGGUGGUCUGAUAACCAAAGGUCCAUUAAAAUGUUUAUCUCCAUUUAURAAGGAUGGUGUCCUACGCGUAGGUGGCCGACUGCAGCAUUCAGAUGAACCAUUUGGACGCAAACAUCCUGCAGUACUACCAGCCAACAACAAUAUCAYAAAUAUGAUAUUUCAAAGACAACGCCAGAAGGAUUGUUCACUUAUGUCAGAAAUGUUUCAGAGCCCGACCAACUCCACUACUACAGCCAAUGGGCCAACUCCCAAAGCCUUUGCUUUGGUCACGCCAAGCAAACCGUUUUCUAUCACCGGAGUGGACUUUGCAGGACCUAUCCAAGUCAAAACAGGUCUGAGGAAGAUUGUACUAGUAAAAGCAUACAUAGCAGUAUUUGUAUGCAUGGCAACAAAGGCUGUUCAUCUCGAGCUUGUGAGUAGUCUAACCAGUGAAGCGUUUCUAGCUGCCCUACGCCGGUUCACUUCUAGGCGUGGUCUACCCAGACAAAUUUGGUCUGACAGCGGUACUAAUUUUGUUGGUGCUCGCAAGGAACUUAAGUGUUACUUAGCAAGCACACCCAACACUAAAUCAAUUCCAUCAAAUCGACUAAAAUGGUGGAAAUUAGUACAGAAAGCGUUCCAACUGUUCUGGAAACGCUGGAGAGAAGAAUACUUGUCUUCACUACAAGGCAAGAGUAAGUGGAUACAAUCACCCUCCCAGAUCGAAAUUGGUACUCUAGCUGUGCUGAAGGAAGACAAUUCUCCUCCACUCUCUUGGAGACUUGUCAGAGUCAUAGCAACACAUCCAGGACAAGACGGAAUAGUCAGGGUUGUCACCUUACGGACACCAAGCGGCACUGAAAUAACCAGACCAGUUAGCAAAAUAUCUCACAAUAAUGCUUCAUCGGAAGUCAAUUCACAUAACAACAUUUCAAAUAAAUCAAAAGUUGGAGAGUAUUAUGAGGAAACCGUGAAAAGGAAACGACAGGCACAACACUCAAUUGUGACCAAAAAUUACUGUUUGGCAAAAAAAAAUUACCAAGAGUUUAAAAGGCAAACAAAACAAAUAACAAAAAUAAAUAGAAAACAAGCCACUGGACCAUUAUGGUACCAGGAAUUGUCUGACCAACAGAUUUCUAUACUGGACAAACUUUUUCAUUAUAUGAAAGAAGACUUGGACUUUGCUACAACGAAGAAUACGAGACGGGCAAUCAAGGCAUUAGGCAUUCGUACGUUCAUCCCGCACAGUGUUGUACAAGAUGUUUUGAUAAAAACUGAACUUUAUGUGGUAGAUUUUUUGCAAACAAUUAAAGAUUAUGUAUUUCAAAAGAACAAUGAGAAGUUCUGCGACCAAACUAUUUCAGCCAACAUAAAAAAAGAUUAUUUACCAGAAGAACGGAUCUUAAUGAGUAGUAUACUUCACAUAGCAUAUCCAUGUUUUAUCAAAAGACUAAAUUAUUUUCUCAAGGAUCCCGUACCUGAAAAAAAUCUUAAAUACAUGAAACUUCCGAAAUCAACUAGAUCAACGAAAAAAUAUACAUCUCCCUAUUUAGAACCAUUACCUCAGCCUCAUCACCCAUGGACUAAAGUGAAAGAGGUUAUGUUUCACAAUAUGAAGGUAAAAAAACAAAGGAUGCAUAAUAAAAUGAAAGCAAUACAACUGCAACAACAACAUGAGAAAGAGCUCGAAGACGAAAAAAAGAUAACAAUGAAAUUGAAUAUCAGUUAUCCUAACAAUUCAGUGAAUAAAAUGUUUUGCAAACCACCAGUGUUGAAACAUCUAAAGAAUGAAAACAAAUAUAAACUGAUGUCAGAAAUUGAGCGUCCUGCAGUAGAAGCCUAUAAUUAUGAAGCCGACGUAAUGCAAAACAGUGGAGUCAUACAGUCAGUGAUAAGUGAGGAGGARGAGGGGUGGCAAGAGCAGGAAGAUGCGUGGCCAACGACCAGUCGAGAGUUCAUUGAAAGUGAGACGUGGCGUUCCCAACGAUGGUCGACAGCUUCUGUCGUCACCACGGUGRCGGAAAAUAUGACCACAGACCACCGUACCAGUCAAACACAGUCGCUGCCACAUACGCAUGACAGCUGGAUGAAAAAGCCAUUUGGCUGGCUCAGCGCUGAUCACAAGGCAUCGAACGUUUCGAUCGAUUCGAUCGACGAGACGACUGACAGCACUGUGGUCGUAACAAAUCCGCACAAGACAAUUGUAGUGAUCGAUUUCGACAAUUCGGUGGACCAGUUUGAAUGUAACGUGACCAAUAGGGACAGCGAAAAAAAUCUGGUUAACAAACAGGAAUAUGACGGAGAGAGCGACGAUGAUGUUUUGCUAUCCGAAACAUUGCGUGACCUCAACGUGACUAAAAUUGGCGCGAACGAGGAAAAAAUUUGUCAGAUGUUUCAAAAUUAYGGCGUUAGUGCGAUGACCGGCAAUCAGCCGUCAGUAUUUUCGUCGGGCACCGGUAUUACGGUGGCCAAAAUCGACCGAACUAAACACGUAGAAACGCCGUCGAUGAAAGGCAUGCAGGGCACGCCGCUGCCGUCGGCAGAGAGGGUGGUUGUCAAAAGUACCGACGACGGACAGUCGUCGGUGAAAUCACUGGACAAGAAGACAUCCAUAUUGGACUUGCCACCCAAUGAUCAUGGCAGCCACGAAGUAGGUAUACAAGUGGAUGACAGCAUCAGCGUCAGCAACAAGAAUAUAUCUACCAGAGACUGUAAUCAUGACGUAUGCGCUGAUGAACGACAGCCGCCGCUCAUCAACGAGGACGGCUCGGUAAACAUGACUCGACUGCACGCUGUAAUUCACAAACUACCGAACUGGAAACAACUAAGAAUCAAGAAGACUAAAUCUGAGUACAUCUUUAAACUCCAAAAAAUGGCAAUCAACAACGCGAGGACAAUGUACCAGACUAUGUAUAAUGACUAUUACAACAGCCGUUUGAGCAAAAACUUUAAAACGACAUAUUACGAUUAUUUCCCGGCAAAAGAGGACGAUUGCUUUUUCGAGUAUGUCGCCGAUAGAAAGAACACCAAAUAA